AACAAAUACAUUGGCAGUUGUAGUUGCUAGACAAUUGGAUGAAAAACAUUUUGCAAUAUCCAUAAAAUAUAAUACAAAAAUGCAUAUAUAAUUAAUUCCACAUUCACUCUAAAUUAUAAAGUAAUUUUUAAUAUAUUCACUUAAUGGGGCUUUCAGCAAGUAAAAAGAUUGCAACGGGCUUAAAGCACUGCACGUUAUGGAAAGCUGACAGAAGCCCCGCGUGUCGAGCCGUAAUGAUGGCGCUGGACGCCAUGAACCUGAGCAUUACGGAAGUAGACAUUAACAUAGAUAAAGGAGAACAUAGAACACCUGAGAUGCUCGCCCUAAAUCCCUUACAAACGUUACCAGUACUCAAGGACCGCGAGCUUGUGCUGUGUGACAGUCACGCCAUUUGUGCAUACUUGGCUGGUCGGUACUGCGACACCGGCCGUCUGUUGCCGAAGGAUCCUGGCGGCCGUUCCAUAGUAGACCAGCACAUGCAUUAUAACAGUGGAACCCUAUAUCCUCGAUUCCGCGCGGCUGCUUAUCCGAUCUUAUAUGAAAAUUGCAAUUUUCUAAUGCCACAACAAAUACAAGACAUUGAAUGUGCUUAUUGUGAUCUGGAGUGCAUGUUGGUUGGAAGAAGUUGGUUUGGUGGCAGUUGGGCAACUCUAAGUGACAUUAUCUUUGCGUCCACAAUCAGCACCCUCAAUAUAUUGGUGCCUGUUGACAAAUACAAAUUCCCAAGACUCUCGGGGUGGCUUUAUCGUGUAUCAGAAGAAUUGUUUUACGUUACAGCCAAUAGGAAAGGACUCUGCGAGUUUUCGAGAAGAAUAGAUUGCGGCUGUUGUAAUGAUACGAAAGAAUUCAAGUGUCCAAGAACCUCUAGGAGACGACGGACGCUAGCGCUGACCAAAACAUAAUAAAACCUUGGGGUUUGCCAGAAGUUGUGGGCGGGUGCAGUUUACCGAAAGUAGACUAAUGGGCCUGUAUCGCCGUAUCCUGAAGUACUGCAGGUAACAAUCUCCCGAUAAAUGUACCUACUGUUCAUUUCGUUUCGUUAAUGAGUUAAAAUUCUAUUGGUUUGUAAACUAUUAAAUGUAUUCGCAAAAUUGUUUGUGCAUUUAUUACAAUAUGCAGAAGUAAUAGAUUGUAGGUUAUCAAAAAUCUAUAAUCCGUUAGGUACACGCCCGUUAGACUCCUUGCUACGCCAAUGGCAAAUAACAAGCAAUGUAUUUAUUAUAUUUCAUGCUUAUUCGAAAUAAAUGAGUGAUAAGCCA